GGGGAUUUUGUGCGAGUGAGGAAGAUGGAUUUAGAGAAAUUAACCACAGAAGUCAUGCAGCUCAGAGAGUUCCUGCCCAGAGUUCUGAAAGGUUUGUCUGUGAAGAAGGAGCAACUGGGACUGGAGUGUCUGCACCUUCAGUCCAGACUGGACUCAGUCCAAAGUGAAUGUCAGAAGGAGAGAGAGGAGAAGCUCCUGCUGUGGGACCAGCUGUGGCAGAAUGGGUUAGAACUGCAGCAGCAGGCAGACUUCUGCUCCUCCAUGGGUUCUGCUGCCUGCAGUCUGCUGUGGAGCUGCUCCUCCAGGGAAGAGACCGUCACCAGCUGGGUGGCUGAUGGGAAGCUUCAGUCCUUCCUGCUUGUUGCUGCCCAGACUCUGGAGAGCUUUGGUAAGUCUCUGGACGAUGAGAUGAAGACUCAGACCCAGACUGAGGACCCAGACUCCAAUGAGAACCAGUUCCUGUUGGGUCUAGUUGGGACCAUCACCAACGUCGCAGCAGUGACAUGUGGGCGGGACUUCCUGUCCAGCUCAGGGCACAUCUUAUUGGAUGCUUUGAUUGGACUUCUGGAGUUGGUGAAGCCAGGGGUCUCCUCCAGACUGAAAGUGUUGUGCCUGAUGGCUCUGUAUAAUGUGAGCAUCAGUGUUAAAGGACUGAAGUACAUCAGUAAGAACAAAGGACUGGUGCCCCUCAUCCUGACCCUGCUGGAUGACGGACACUGGGAGGUGUGCCACCACUGCCUUCGUCUCCUGCAGUCAGUGUUGCUGGAUGAGGACGUUGUGCUCCUCCUGGGCCCAUUUCUGUUGAAYCCAGACCUCCGGGCCCGUGUUAGCCGACACACGUCCAGCCCACAGCCCAGCCUCAGAGCCACGGCCCGGCAGACCCUAGAGGACCUGCAGGCCCUCCACCAGGACCACUGAUGGUAACAACAAACCAGCUCCUUCUUCAUGUUAAAGUAUGUUCAUGUAUGUUCUGUUCAAACUAAACUAGAUUUAGUUAAACACAUUGUUAAAGGUUGUAUGUGGAAAAAGAAGAGGCUUUAAUGUUUAAGUGAAUUUAAAUGCAGUGUUUUGUGAGGAAACUGUUCAUCSUGUCAUAUAAAUGUGAAAACAAUGUUCUAAAUAAAAAACAGGAUUAUUUAAUUCCU